UCCAGCUGGCAGCGCGCUGCCCUCACGCGGAGGCCACGCGCGCGCGCUCGAGGGGCGGACGACCCCGGCCAAUCGCGGCGAGCAGGAGGCGGCGCAGAAACGGCGAAGAACGAGGAGGAGCAGCGGAAGCGCGAACGGGCGGCGGCGGCGCGAGGACUAGUGCGUCUCGCGGCUCCCCGACGCAAGCCGACAUGGCGGGGGCGACCACGAUCGUGCAGCUGCGCGUGAGCGACGUGAGGUUCCCCACGUCGCUGGAGCAGCACGGCUCGGACGCGAUGGUGAGCGCGCGUCUUCCGCUCGCUUUUCAACCGGAGCUUCCCGCGAUUUACUUGUUCUGCGAGGCCGCGCUCGAUCCGCUUACGCUUAGUGUGCAGAUCGCAUCCACUUGUUCUACGGAUCCACACUUUGCACGCGAUCCGCUUCACACAGAGCCGGACUACUCCGUGGCUUAUGUGGUCAUCGAGACGGACGGGGGGCACGAGGGCUAUGGACUGACCUUCACCCUGGGCAAAGGCACAGAAGUAGUUGUGUGUGCGGUCGAGGCCCUGUCCGCGUUCGUGGUCGGCAGGACCCUGCAGGAGAUCGUGGGCGAUUUCCGCGCCUUCUACCGCCUCCUGACCAGCGACGGACAGAUGAGAUGGAUAGGUCCCGAGAAGGGCGUCAUCCAGCUGGCGACGGCCGCCGUCCUCAACGCCGUCUGGGAUCUCUGGGCCAGGGUGGAGGGCAAGCCGCUUUGGAAGCUGCUCGUGGACAUGGAACCGAGGAAGCUUGUAUCGUGCAUCGACUUCAGAUACAUCACGGACGCCCUGACGGAGGAGGAGGCCCUGGAUAUUCUUGUGAAGGCUCAGGAGGGCAAAUGCCAGAGAGAGGAGGAAAUGCUGAGGGACGGCUACCCUGCCUACACAACGUCCUGCGCUUGGAUUGGCUACUCGGACCAGCAGCUCAAGGAGCUCUGCACCAAGGCGCUCAGCCACGACUGGACCAGGUUUAAGGUGAAGGUGGGGGCCGAUCUACAGGACGACGUUCGCCGCUGCAGGCUUGUUCGACAGAUGAUUGGACCCGACAACACCCUGAUGAUUGAUGCCAACCAGAGGUGGGAUGUUCAGGAAGCCAUAACCUGGGUGUCCCACCUGGCAGAGUUCAAACCGCUGUGGAUCGAGGAGCCCACGUCCCCAGACGACAUCCUCGGUCACGCCGUCAUCUCCAAGGCCCUGGCACCGUUGGGCAUCGGUGUGGCCACCGGGGAGCAGUGCCACAACCGCGUGAUGUUCAAGCAGCUGCUGCAGGCCUCCGCACUGCAGUUCGUGCAGAUCGACAGCUGUCGCCUGGGCAGCGUCAACGAGAACCUGGCCGUGAUUCUGAUGGCCUGCAAAUUCCAUGUGCCCGUGUGCCCCCAUGCCGGCGGCGUCGGGCUCUGCGAGCUGGUCCGGCACCUGAUCCUCUUUGACUACAUCUCUGUGUCGGCCAGCCUCCAGAACAGGAUGUGCGAGUACGUGGACCAUCUCCACGAGCACUUCAAAAGCCCCGUCGUGAUCCGCAACGCCUGCUACGUGCCGCCCAAGGACCCUGGAUACUCCACGGAGAUGCGGGAGGAAUCUGUGAGAAGAUACCAAUACCCUCAGGGUGAGGUGUGGCAAACCCUCCAGGCCACCAGGGGGCACCGGACCUGAGCCGAACCCAUAAAGUGUCUCCAGGCUGCUGAGCCAUUCGGAAUAUUAACUUUAUCGACUUUAAUCACUGAUCCUCUUCUUAAAUAUAAUUACGAGAAAUGCUUCUUUUUAUUCGCUGUCGCAUUUUAAGUUAGCUGACAGAAUUGUACAUUUACUCAUUUAGCUGACAUUCUUCUCCAAAGCAGCUUACAAUGUUAGCAUUAUUAC